AUGUUACUCGCUCUUAUCGACUUACUUCUGUCUAUCUACCUACAGAUUAUUCAGUUAUUGUACAUCUUCCUCAUGGAUGAAUCCGAACCUCAGGCGCUGUUGCAGGAAACCAGCAAGCAACUCGCUGCCCAGACACAGGUCAUUGCUCAGAUGCAAACCCACACUCCCGCGAACAAGCUUAAAACACUCUCCUCAAGAGGUUCAGUUCCUGUUACCCCCGAUCCGACGCUUCUGAACGAAUUCAACGCAAGAUUCUUUGAUUCAGCUCAAAUCUCAGCGGCUGCCAAUGCCACAGCGAGUCAGGAGCUCAUUCCACAAUCAGAGAUAAUUUCUCUUCAAGAAGCCCGAGCUGGUCAUGUGAAGAUCAGUAGGGGUAUCGUAUAUGUGCAAGAUUUCUUUGUUCGAUACUCUCUUGCAAUGUUGGCCAAGCUCGGAAUUCGUAAAUGGGGUCCUGAUCUUAACAAUGCCUCGGACUCCAUGUGGAAUGAGGCCUGUUGGAUCAGUGCUAUCCAAAUCUUUAGAAUGUGGGUCACUGGAAAGGCUUUUCCAAAUGUGAACCCAAAGUUUGUCAACAACCUUCUUCUACUUGAACAAACCUACAACCAUUACAUACACUUUUUGAUGACUCAGAAGUUCAAGAAGGAAUCAAAGGAGGCUGGGAAGAAUCAAAAAGACGAUGAAAGUUUUCCUGAAAGGUACAUCAAGAUGUUGCGCAAGACUGAUGCUCACAGCAAUGACAAACUCGACAUGGAGCAAGGCAUUCAGAUUGUCAAAACACCAAUCUACCAAUCUGAGGCGGCUGGUAUCUUUAUGCGACGUCUGGACGAACAUAUGAAGAACUCCGAUAUAAUCCUCAAUAAGCGGUCUCAAAGACACAUGCGCCUUCGUCCCGCAGAACCCAUCAUGUCAACUUUUGCCAGACCACCCCGAGGCCUACCACUCAACUUUUACAAUCCCGAAUGGUGGAACAACACCCUUUCCCAAUUGCAACGUGACAUGAUAGCAGAUUGCUUUCAUGUAAUGUUCCUCCCGGAUCCAUCAGUGUCUCUGAUGUGUGAUACAGAUGAUGAAGAGGAGGAGGAGGAGGAAGGAGACCAACAAAAAAAGAAGGGUAAGGGUAAGGGUAAGGCGGUACCAGAAGAUUGGGCAAAUUUGGCGGAAUUCGGACAGCCCAUUGGCGGUGGGAAGGGUGAUUUUUAUGUGGAUGAUGAUGCAAUGAAUGAGGCGGAAGAUGACGCACGUGCAACUAGAUGGGAUCUUUGGAAUGAUGCUUGUUGUACAUUCAUUACCGCUGCUUUUUUUUACACGUUAUUGGUCCAAUUGUGA